CAGUGCCAGGUUCCAGCGUGCGUUCCAAGUUCCACAUUCCGUGUGCAGACACCCGGCGCCAGAGCAAAGGCCAGCCCUUGGCAGGGGACUGCUAAGGAAGUGGAGCUCUGGAGACACUCCUGAAACUCUGCCCUAAAUCAAGGGAACCAGAGGGUCCACCAGUUCUCGCUCCAACUCCCUUUCCAGAAGCAGCCAUGGCCCUGAGUGAUGUCGAUGUGCAGAAGCAGAUUAAGCACAUGAUGGCUUUCAUUGAGCAGGAAGCCAAUGAGAAGGCAGAAGAAAUAGAUGCCAAGGCAGAGGAAGAGUUCAACAUUGAGAAAGGACGCCUCGUGCAAACCCAACGACUGAAGAUUAUGGAGUAUUAUGAGAAGAAGGAGAAGCAGAUAGAGCAGCAGAAGAAAAUCCAGAUGUCUACCAUAAAGAAUCAGGCAAGGCUGAAAGUCCUGAGGGCUCGAGAUGACCUCAUCUCAGAGUUGCUGAAUGAGGCGAAGCUGAGACUCAGCAGGGUUGUAGCAGACCCAGAAAUCUAUCAGGGGCUGCUCGAUCAGCUAGUGCUCCAGGGACUGCUCCGGCUGCUGGAGCCCGUGGUGAUUGUACGCUGCAGGCCACAGGACCUCCUCCUGGUGGAGGCUGCGGUGCAAAAAGCCAUCCCUGAUUACAUAUCAGUCUCCCAAAAACGUGUGGAAGUCCGAGUUGAUCAAGAGGUGCACCUGGCCAUGAUGGCAGCUGGAGGUGUGGAGGUCUACAGUGGCAAUCAGAGAAUAAAGGUUUCCAAUACCCUGGAAAGUCGGCUGGACCUCUUAGCCCAGCAAAAGAUGCCGGAAAUACGAAAGGCCUUGUUUGGAGCCAACGCCAACAGGAAGUUUUUUAUCUAACCCUCUGGGAAGUGCAGCUCUUGUUGAACUGCUUAAGCCAUAAAAGCAUAAGUUAUUAGGGCAAAGGAAACUAGUAAUGUUUCCUCCUCUUUGUUGCUCUGAUAUUAGUCUAUCUACUUUCAUUAAAUACCCUUUGAACAGCUAAAGUCACUUUGGAAUAAAGCCUAACUUAAUGCUCAGAAAUCCAAUUCCAGUUCAUCC